AGAUUUAGAUUGAGAAGACUUUGAAAACUCCAAAACCGCCUCUUCUUCAAUCUUCUAUAUGCAUUGAUUUCUCUUUUGAUUUCUUCUUCUUCUCUUAUUGUUGAUUUCAUCAAAGCCGCCCCAUCAGUUUCUCUUUUUUCUUCUUCAAAGCUUGGCUUUUUCAUCCAAAAGAAAUCAACCCAUAUCAGUUUUUGGCUCAAUUCUGCAGAAUUUCCAGAUGGGAAUUCUUGGAGGGUAUGUGAUUGUUGUAAAUAUAGGAAACUAAUUACUUUAGAGGAAUAUUAGCGUUGUUCCAGUCUUCUAGAUUGAGAUUUUUUUGUAUAGAUUUGAGCAAAAUUUCCGAGUAAAGAUCUUGGGGUAGGGUUUAGAUUUUGGGGUCUCUAAGGUUUCUGGAGAUGGCUAGUGUUCAAGAUCAAUUGGAGGUCAAGUUUCGGUUGACUGAUGGAUCCGAUAUCGGUCCCAAAACCUUUCCGGCUGCUACAAGUGUUACAACUUUGAAGGAAAGUGUUAUUGCUCAAUGGCCUAAAGAGAAGGUGAAUGGUCCAAGGACAGUGAAGGAUGUCAAGUUAAUUAGUGCUGGGAAAAUAUUGGAGAACAACAAAACACUGGGGGAGUGUCAGAGCCCUCUCUGUGAUGUUCCGGGUGGAGUAACGACUAUGCACGUUGUUGUUCAACCUCCUCCUUUGGAGAAAGAAAAGAAAAUAAUAAACGAACCAAAGAAGAACAAGUGCGUUUGUGUCAUAUUAUAAUCCGCAGCUUGAGGUGGGGAAGGCAUUAUUUUCAGGUGGCUUUUGUUAAUCCGCGGUUCCUUUUCAUUCUACCCUAGUCAUUGGCUUUAAAUUAAGUUGUGAUUUAACAAAUUUCUGCAGAUGAAAGAGCGAGAGAUCUGGUAUAGAAAAAGAGGUUGUGGACAUUUAAUGUUUAGAAUGUGUUGUUUUUCUGCUUUUCUACACCGAAUUCAUGUAGUCGAUAACUGUUCAUCUAUUUUGUUCACUUCAUUGGUUUCACAUUAAUCAGACUCUGCUCUCAAGCAAUUGAACCUCAGGUUUUACGUCCGAA